AUGGCAGAUAAGCCUCCUUCUGAAAUCCAGAUUGCAAUUGCCAAGAAUAAGCAACAACUAUUACCACCCAAACGCACCUCCAACAAAGACAGACACACUAAGGUUGAAGGCCGAGGUCGCAGGAUACGGAUGCCCGCUCUAUGUGCUGCAAGAAUCUUUCAGCUCACUAGAGAAUUAGGUCAUAAAUCCGAUGGGGAAACAAUCCAAUGGCUCCUACACCAGGCAGAGCCCUCCAUUAUUGCUGCCACCGGAACGGGGACCAUUCCUGCUUCCGCCUUAGCCUCAGCCUCAGCCUCAGCUCCACCUUCGCAUGGGCUUUCCAUUUCCAUGGGAUUACAACAUGAACUAGGUGGUGGUAGGACCAGUUGGCCAAUGGUUGGUCCGAUAUGGCCCACAACUGGAUUUGGGUUUCCGUCGUCAUCCAACUCUUUGGGCAUGGAAAACUCCAACUACAACAUGCAAAAGAUUGCGUUUGACUUGCCUGCAGCUGGAUGUAAUAAUCUGAUAAGUUUUUAUAAUCAUCAACAUGAGCAGCUUCCUCCUGGGUUGGAGCUGGGACUCUCACAAGAUGCACGUAUAGAGGUUUUCAGUCAAGAAGCGUUGAACCAGAUGGAUCAUCAGGCCAGAAUGCAACAACAACAACAACAACAACAACAACAGCAGCAGAGUUCAAAGGAUGAUUCUCAAGGUUCAGGGGGACAGUAGGUACCAGUCUUAUAAAUUAAGCCAGCCUAAAGUUGAGCACUUUGUGUAUUUGUAUUGUGUAAUAUGGUUAUUAGAAAAGAAAGUGACAGGAUGAAGAUGAUAGGGUUUAGAGGUGGAUGCUUGGAGGUUUGUGUUUCUGAUGCUUAUCUUUUUCUUUCUUUGUAAAAAUCAUAGAUUU